GCAUUCUCAACAGAAGAUCGACCCUGGAUAAUGGACGAGUAUGUGACUCGUGGCGCGUACGUCCUCGGCGCCAUCGGCAUCCUGCUUGUGACAUUGUCAGUGGGGUGGAUCACAGUAUGGAAGUUCCUGCUCUCGAAAAUCUCAUUCAUCCGUGAACUUCUCGAUCUGAACCCUGCGAAACCGACUCCCGCGGCAAGCGACACCCCGCAACCACCGACUUCGUUUGACGAUCGGUUGCGCCAGUAUAAGUCGAAUCCCCAUCGAAGGCACACGGGGAGUACGCUGAUGGCGCCUUCCAUGAUGCCACCUACGUCGACAUGAAGCGAUAAAUCGUUUAACGUCGCAUGCGCCUUCAACUUAUCAAGGCAAUGCUUGUUAUGAGCGUUGUCUACUACUUUCAUUCUUGCUCGCG